UCUUAAAAAAAAUGUUUUAUCCCAUGCCCUUUCAGCUGUAAACAUACUUGGCCUUGCUCCGUUGGGAAGUCAGACCCUUAUUCUCUGAAGUUAACGUUACACCUUUAAACAUUCUUCAAUUUGCUAUUUCAGUAUAUCGCUUCAAAGUUGUCCCUGGUGCUAGUUUUGUCCUAUUAAUUUGUGUAGAUGGGUAUUUGUCCAUUGCAGCACAUAUGCUGCUACUUUCUAUUUUCGCAAUGAAUCCAUUUGUGGGGGGUUACUUACUUUCCCCACUAAUACUAAUCAAUUCUGACUUUCGGUUUCACAUAGAAAGCUUAAAUUACUGCACUUAUCCAGGUCUACGCGUGGUGAAACCAUUUCAAGGCAGUAAGCAACACAUCCUGCAAAUGUGAUCGUGAUUCGCCGACUUGGCCUGAAGCUUUUUGUCCAAUUCUGUGACCAACCCGACGUUUUCCAGUGGAAGGCUUGAACAGCCGUGGUCGAAUACGCUAAAUCUAUCGUUACCUUUCGUGUUGCAGUGGCUCAUGGUUUCUAUCCGCUUGUUAUUAAAGGCGAGCGUUAAAGGAGAUGGUUUGUAACUGUCUGGCCAACAAAAAAAACAAAGCUACGAGAGGGUACAGUAAUUUUCCCAUUCAUGGUAUCCGACUCCAUAUGGAAUGGGACGUCUGCAACAUAUUCUGAAAUGAAUGUAGCCCACACUCUUUUGCAUAUGUAAACACUGGAUUGGAGAGAAUCCUGCGUCAUGUCCUGUGUCCACCUGGUUGUGGUUCCUGCUUGAGUGGUUUGUGAAUGGGCACUGUGAUCUUCUGCUGAGAGGGAGUGCCGGGAUUUGAGGCUCUGUGACAGUUGUGACUCCGGGCCGACGCUAAGCCGGUCAGCUUGCUUUAUCUGCCAGACCAAGGUCAAAGGGCACGACAAAGGCAACCCAGGGAUAGGCUCUCCUCAUGAGGAGUAGCCGGGGUCUCUGAGACCUGGGGUCAUUUUAAGCAGCGUUGGGGAUUUGACGAGCGCCGGCCCAUUGCAAUGCAGACAUGGCCACGGCUAUAUCGUGACACAGAGGGACAUGUGUGCCCAAGGACUGUGAGAGCUCCUUGAGGAGACUCCAGGCACACAACACCUCACACGUACUGACAUCCAGAUGAUGCUGGAGGUGCAAGAGGAAAGAGCAGCAGGAAACUUCAGCCGGAAAGAGCGCGUCAAGAAGGAGCGGGACGAGGCAGGCCCGGACAGUGGCCGAGCCAAUAGCAACACUAACCCCUCCUCUAAUAACCACAACGCCGCCCUCGCCGGCACAGGCCACAGGAACCCCCGGGCCAAGGCCACACCCUCGGCCAGCCCGCACCAGCACUUGACUCCGCCCUCUGUCUCCCUGGGAUCGCCGUCAAUGCAUUCCAGCAAUCCCAAAGUGAGGAACUCCCCAUCGGCUAACACGCAGAGCAGUCCCAAACAGAAGCAGGAGGCCAUGGUGCGCUCCCCACCCGUCAUGUCUCCCUCCAGCGCCGCCCAGAUGGACUCAAAACUGCCCAAUCAGGGAAAGCCGGGGGGCGCGGGCAGCCAAUCGCAGCCCUCGCCCUGUGACCCCAAAGUUCUAGGCCCUAAGGGGCCCGUAGGGAGCCUGGGACUAAAAAACGGACAAGGCCUGAAUGCAGGCAACGGGGCCAAGGGCAAAAUGAAGAGGGAAAGAAGCACUUCGGUGGAGUCGUUUGAGCAUCGUGACACUGGGACGAACAACAACGAGGGGGACCAGAAAGAGCUGGGCAGCCGAGCCAAGAGGCUGUGUGUAGCUGAGCGGCGGCAGCCCUACAGUGGAGCGGACUGGUGCUCUGGGGGCGAGAGUGACGAGGAAGACCCAGGGUUCUUUAACUGCAAUUUGAUAGAGAUGAAGCCUUUGGACUCCAACAACGCGCUCAGCUCGGCCACGUCGACACACAAUACCGUUGGAGGGCAGAGCAUGGAGCUGGGCGGCAGCGGUCCCAAGCCCGGGUCAAAGGUUGUGUACGUCUUCACCACAGAGAUGGCCAACAAGGCGGCUGAUGCGGUCUUCACAGGCCACUCGGACAACAUCAUUGCCUUCCACAUGAACAACAACUCCAACGGCAAGGGCAACAAGCCCCAUCUACCUGUGAAUAAUCAGAUGGGACCCCCCCGGGGUGACUCCAAGCAGCUGGGUGGAGCCCCCCAGCAGCAGUCAUCUCACCCUUCUGACCAGAACCACCAGCAAGCCUCCAAAGCACCUCCACCAGGACAACAGCAGCCAGCAGAGGCCCAGCCUCAGGGGGCCAAGCCUGGGAGCUUCCUCCAGGACGUGGCCGCCUCUGGAGGCAUGGACUCUAAGAGUGGAAGCCCCCAGAACGGCACGCCCCACGACGCUAACAGCAACCCUGGAGGGACGCCCGGCCACCAGACCCCUUCUAGGGCAUCCCAACAGGGCUUCCCCUCUCUGGACCUUCCCAAUGGCGCUGACGCAAAACUCACGGCCCAGCAGCAGCAGCUGGCACACGAGCUGAUGUCCAGCAUGGGGGACAACUCUGAGGGCCUGUCCCAGGAGCAGCUGGAGCACCGCGAACGCUCCCUGCAGACGCUACGGGACAUCCAGCGCAUGCUCUUCCCCGAUGACAAGGAGUUAUCCCUCAAAGACAUGGUAGCCAUGGGGCAGGGCAACCCAGGCGGGCCUCCUGGGCCCAACUCCGGCAUGAUGGAGGGGGGGCCCAAGAAACCUGGGGAGCAGGGCCCCCUCCAGGCCAUGAUGGCCCAGUCCCAGAGCCUGGGGAAGCCUGGAGGCCCUGUUGGGCCCCGGCCCGAUGGCACUCCAUUUGGGCCCGGAGGCCUCAGAGACAUGUCAUUCUCCCCGGACGAGCUGGGGCCUCCGCCUCCUGGACCGCCUAUGAAUUCUCACGGAGGGCCCGGCGGUGAGCACGGGGAUCACACAGGGAUGAACCCGGAGCAGAUGGCAUGGCUGAAGCUGCAGCAGGAGUUCUACGAGGAGAAGAAAAGGAAGCAGGAGCAGAUGCAGCACCGGGGACCCAUGGGCGACAUGAUGAUGCACCAACAAGGCCCCCGGGGCUCCAUGAUGCGCGGGCCCCCGCCUCCCUACCAGAUCAAUUCAGCUGGGGAGAUGUGGGGCCCCGAGCACUUCCCAGAGCAGAUGAGCAUGGGACCCCGGGGCCCCAUGCAUCCCCACAUGCAGAGGAUGCCCGGCGGCUUCCCUCCUGGCAUGAUGAACCCAGGUAUGGAGGGCGGCCCCAACCCCAGGGGGCCCCGGCCUGGAAUGAAUUGGCCCGACGACAUGGGACCCAACAUGGGCGACGGCAGGGGCUUCCUGCCCGGACAGGGGCCGUUUGUAGGGCCAGGGGGUCGGGUGGAGAGGUUCCCCAACCCACAGGCAGUGCAGGAGGCCAUGUUCCAGCAGGGCAUGGGGGGUGACAAGCAGGGCAUGGGGCUGCCACCGGGCAUGAUCAUGGAGAUGAACAGGAUGAUGGGGGGAAACGGCCCCCGAGGGCCAAUGGACGGCAACGGCCCUAACGGAGGAGGCAUGAUGUUUCCCAGAAUGCCUGGCGAUGUUGGCCCUAUGAGCCCAUCCUCCAGGAUGGAGUUUGUCAAGGGCCUUGGCCGGGACAUGGGCCCCGAGUUCAGCAUUGUCCCUGGGAACAUGAACAUCGGGCCCAACCCCCAGAUGAUGCAGGCUAAGAUGAGGGGGGAGCCUCCCAUGAAUAUGAGCCCCGAGGAGAUGAUGAAGAUGAGAGGAGGCUCCAUGCCAGAGAACAUGGGCCCUCAGAAGAUGAUGCAGGGGCCUCCCUUCCCUGACCAGGGGCACCACCCAGGGGACUUCAACAUGGGCCCCAACCGCCACUUCCCGGGUAUGGGGCCUCACGGGCCAGGGAACCCUAGGUGCCCCAGAGUCGAACCCCCCUUCGGCCCUGACCAGCGAGGACCCAACCACGGCGGCAACGGUCGCCUCAGCCACAUGCCCCCCAACUCGGGCCCGCCUCCCAACCAGAGGAACAUGGGGGGCCGCAAGGGUCCUCAGGACAUCCAGGGCGGCCAGGCUAACUCACCCAACAUCAACCCCCUCAAGUCCCCUACGCUGAGGCAGGUCCAGUCCCCCAUGCUGGGCUCGCCCUCUGGGAACCUCAAGUCCCCCCAGACACCCUCCCAGUUGGCCGGCAUGCUCCAGGGGCCCUCGGCGGCGGCAGUGGCAGCUGCCUCCAUCAAGUCUCCCCCCAUGAUGGGUUCGGCCGGAGCCUCUCCCGUCCACAUGAAGUCACCCUCGCUCCCGGCACCCUCCCCAGGGUGGACAUCGUCUCCCAAGCCCCCCAUGCAGAGCCCAGGCAUCCCCCAGAACAACAAGCAGCCCCCGCUCAGCAUGGCCUCACCCAACAUGAUGGGCAACGUGGAGCAAGGAGGGAAUGGUCCCACCACAGCACCCCCUUCCAGUAGUGCUUCCAGUCUUCCGUCUGGCAGCCCCUACGCCCUGCCCCCUGAGCCCACGAUAUCUCAGAACCCGCUGUCCAUCAUGAUGUCACGCAUGUCCAAGUUCGCCAUGCCCACUUCCACGCCCCUCUACCAUGACGCCAUCAAAACGGUGGCGAGCUCGGACGAUGACUCGCCACCGGCCCGCUCACCGAACCUGCCACCCAUGAACAUGCCUGGUAUGGGAAUGAACCACCACCCGGGCCACAACCGCAUGAUGGCUCCCACGUCACAAGGCCCCAUGCCCACUCUCAGCCCCAUGGGCAUGAACACCAUGGGCUCCCAGCCCCUCUCCCACGGCAUGCCUAACCAGAUGCCCUCGCCCAACCCGAUGGGGGGACCACACCAGGGGCCCAUGGGGCCGGGCAUGAUGGGGCCUCACGGCAUGAUGAUGCCUGGCGGGCAGGACCCAGGGAUGGGCAACCCUCAGAUGAUACCUCAGGGCCGUAUGGGCUUCUCCCACCGAGGCCAGGGAUUCCCCCCUGGCCACUCUCCUCCUCAGCAGGUCCCCUUCCCCCACAACGGCCCCGGGCCCCAGGGUGGUUUCCCUCACGGCAUGGGCUUCCAGGUGGAAGGGGGCCCCAUGGGCCGAAUGGGCAACAUGGGCCCCGGUGGGGAUCCGGGUGGCAUGUGUAAACCCAACACCCCUGGAGGAGGCCAGGACUUCAACAUGUUCAACAAUGAUAACGACCUCCACGAGGUCAUGCGAACAGGAGCCACCGGAAUGCCAGAGUUUGAUCUCUCCCGGAUUAUCCCAUCAGAAAAGCCCAGCCAGACUCUGUCCUACUUCCCCCGCGGAGGCGAUGGCCCGGGGGUGAAACCUCCUCACCCCUCCGGCCCCCAGGGCUUCCCUCCCCAGAUGCAGGGAAUGAUGGUGGAGGGGAACCCCAGGAUGGGGAUGCCCAUGCAGGGGAUGGGGGGUCCGUCGGGCCCUGGCCACAUGGGGGGGCCCCAAGACAUGCCAAUGGGGAACCCUGGCCACAAUCCCAUGCGGCAGCCACACCCGGGACACCCCGGCUUCAUGCCCCAGGGCAUGAUGGGACCCCAGCACCGGAUGCUGUCGCCGGGGCAGCAGCCGGGCAUGAUGGGAGGACCUGGGCAGGGGAUGAUGCAGGUUAAAGAGAGGGGGGGGCCCAUGUACAAUCACCCGGGCCCCGUGGGCUCGCCCAACAUGAUGAUGUCACUUCACGGCAUGGGUGGCCCACAGCAGACUAUGAUGAUGCCGCCUCAGAUGAGGCCUCGCGGCAUGGCAGGGGACAUGGGCAUGGGCUUCAACCCUGGUCCUGGAAACCCCGGGAACCUCAUGUUCUGAGCUGCUACAGCCAAGUAGAAACUAAAGACCUAAACAAAGGAAUACAAAUGAGACUUGUGCUCUCUUAGGCGGUUGUUGUGUGGACUGGGGACACAUACAUUCACUCUGGCACAUACUCACACAUCCCGAGACACUUUUGGGCUGUUUUAGCAGUCUGUCGGGUGUGGUGGUGCAACUGCAGCGUGUUCCACUGAGGGGAAGGCGGAUGUACACCAUUUCAGAGGGGACUGAUCUUUCUCUGUUUGGGGAAACGUAGAAUGUACGGCACGAGUCUAAGCUCCGGUGUUCAACGGGCGGAUAGGAAAUGGGCCUCUUCAUUAAAAACUCGUGGGAUGACCCGGGACCAGAGGUCCGUAGUUGUACUGUUGUUAUAAGAACAGCUAAACUACGAAAUGUAAAGAACAAUGAAGCAUUAAAAACACAAUGAACUGAAUGAACAGACAAAAAGGUCCGUUUUUUUUUUUGUCCCAUUUUUGUCUGUAUGUUUACAUCUCAUCUCAUCACUACCCUCCACAGAUUCAAUGCUCUUUGUAUUUGCGUACUGUAAUUGUGUUGUUAAAGGGAUUUUACUAGUGACUUCUAGUUUGUUUUCCCAUCUUCUUUUGUAAAGGAGGGUGGGGGUGUGGAGAGGGGGUGGGGGUAGGGUAGCCAAAUGCCGCUGCAACUCCCACUCUGAAAUGCUGUUUACCAUGUAGGGGGGAGGGGGGGGGGUCAAAGUAUUUUAAAAACUGCAUUUUCCUUUGUUACUCUACAUGAUAUGCCAAACGAUGACCUCAUACAGAUAAUAGUAUUAUUAAAAGAAAGCACAAACACGAUUUAACUGUAAAGAAAGCGUUUUCUUUUCUCCUGUUUUUUGUAAAAAAAACACUUGGUAGGAGGGGUGAUUCUCUGGCAUACGCAGUGAGGUGCUGAUGAGGCCUGGUUUAGAAUUGGAUAUGGGUUUGGGGGGGGGGGGUGAUGUCUGUCACACCUCAAACCCCUCUCAGCCCUAACGGACAAACGGACGGCAGUAGGCAAAGCCUCAGCUCUCACCCUUCUAGUCUAGGAGUACAGAGAGGAGAAAGAAGAAGAAGCAGCAGCCUUAACCAUGUCUGGAUUACUUGGAGGGGUGACCAUGACAUUUUGCAGGUUUAAAAAAAAACAAAAAUGUCACACAAAAAAAACAACAGAAAAUGAGGUCAUAGGUUGUAUCUGUGUCCCUGCCUCUCCUGUGUUAACACAUUUGUCAUGCGACUCCAUUGAAUUUGGUACAGGGCUGUGGUGUUGGAAGACAAAUAAAAUCUAUUGUUUGGUAUACAA